AGUCAUUUUAUUCGAAUUGUUGACUUGGCUUGGGACAUUUAAUAUUUUGGUCUGACGAGUUGGUUACGUUGUAUUAUUCUAAGAUGUUGUGGACGAUGCGCAUCGAUGGUGGACUUUGUCGAGUCAACCAUGCAGCCGUUGCUAUAAGAGAGAAUAUAUAUUCUUUCGGUGGCUAUCGAACUGGAGAAGAUUAUCAAACCUGUAGACCUAUUGACAUUCACGUUUUCAAUACAGUCACUUUGAAGUGGUUCCCGUUAACUUCGACAACAGUCGAUACCACUGAGAUACCAUUUCAAAGAUAUGGCCAUACUGUUGUUGCCUAUAAAGAUUUAGCUUAUCUUUGGGGAGGUAGAAAUGAUAAUAGAGCUUGUAAUAUUUUGUAUUAUUUUGAUGUUUUCACUAGAAAAUGGACACGUCCACUGGUUACUGGACACAUUCCCGGAGCCAGAGAUGGUCAUUCUGCUUGUGUUAUAGAUCAUUAUAUGUAUAUCUUUGGUGGAUAUGAAGAGGAUAUUCAGAGAUUCUCUCAAGAUGUUCAUCGGUUCAAUUUGAAAACCAUGAACUGGACUUACAUAGUCCCUGUAGGCGAGCCUCCUCGUUGGAGGGAUUUUCAUUCUGCUUCAUCUAUUGGUAAUAGGAUGUAUAUCUUUGGAGGACGUGGUGACGUUCAGGGAUCCUAUCACUCACAAGAAGAAGUGUACUGUAAUAAACUUAUGUACUUAGAUACAAGCAUUAUGAAAUGGGUUCAGCCAGAGAUUACUGGUAUGGUUCCGGUGGGAAGACGGAGCCAUUCGGCAUUUGUGUACAAUAACAAAUUAUAUAUUUUUGGUGGCUAUAAUGGAGACACUGUUACACAUUUUGGAGAUUUUUACUGUUAUGACCCACAGACAAGUAAAUGGUCUCAGGUGAAAAUUAGAGGAAGAGGACCCUGUCCCAGACGACGACAGUGUUGUUGUCUUAUUUCCAAUAAUCUGUAUCUCUUUGGUGGAACAAGUCCUAAUCCAAAUCAUGAAGAACAUUUCAGGGAUAUCGUAUUCCCAAACUUAGAACAGGUACUUAUAGAUCAUGAUGAUUUACACGUUUUAGAUUUCUUCCCAAGUUUGAAGACACUAUGUAUGUUUCUGGUUGUUGAAUAUGAACUUGAUCAAAGUUAUCUUCCUAAAGACAUCAAAUAUGAAAUUGGAACAAUGACCAAUUGCGUUUACAGACAUCCUACCACUGGGUAAAAGAUUUGAACUAAUUUAGUGUUUCUGAUUUAAUUGAUGUUUAAAUUUAAAUUACAUAGGUUGAGUAUCAGUUUAUUUUUAAUUAAUGUGUAAACAUCAAGUACACAUCAGUAGUUAAAUAUAACACAUUUGUGUGGAAGUUUUCCUUUUAUUUUUCAAAUAUGCAUGAUUUAUCAAAGGAAAAAAAAAUUAAAAUUAAAAAACAUUGUCUAGCUAAAACAAUAAUUAUAGAUAGAUAAAAUUAAGAAUUCAGCACAAGAUGUUUUUUGUUUUGUUAGCUAUUACUAAAUAAUUAAUUUCAUAUUUAAUUCAUAGAUAAUAAGAUAUGAUAAUUUGAAAGGAUUAAAUUGCUGAGGAAAGUUUCUUGAACAUAUCAUUAGUUUAGUAUCAACUUAUAUUCUUAGUAUAUUUAAAGAAUUUUUUUAUUUAAUAUCAAAGUGAAGAACAUUUAUUUGUUGUUUUGCAGUUUAAGUACAAAACUGAGGCCUGUGUCAAGCUAUAGGUCAUUUAAAUUGAACUGUAACUUGAUGUGCCAUAUUGAAAUUAUUUUAAAUAUAAUACUCAAUACAUUUUCUUAUAUUUUAGGAAAUCUCAAUAGUUAAUUGUGUAUUGUGUAUAAUAUACAAAAUAGUGAUUUAUUUGUCUUUUUUAAGUAACUUUAAAAAAAUUUUGUGACAUAUUUAUACAAAAUUAUUAGUUGCAGGAUUUGUAAUUUGUUUUUGCACUGAUGAAUUGCAAAUGAUAUCAGAUAAGCCUUUCAGAUUAAGUUGUUUACAUUUGAUUGAUUGCUGAAUUUAUUGUAAGAUACCUUGGAACCUAUUAUUAUCUUAAAAAAUGUAUAUUUUUUGAGGCUAUUGUUAGCAUAGACUUAUUCAUUAGUGAAUGAAUGCUAUUAAUGCAUAAUUCACUAGCAUUGCUAUGCUUAUCCUAUUGAGCUAAGAAAUUUAGAUUUAAUAGUUUGAUAAAUAAAUUGAAAAAUUGAAAUGCAGACUGCUUUGAUCAAUGUGCUGUUGUGCAGAAUUUUGAAAUUCAUUAACAAAAUACUUUUAUAAAUUUUUAAUAUUUUAUAGAUAAAUUUAUUUAUAAAUGUCAAAAGUAUUUAAAAACAGCACAUCUAGACUAUACGAUACA